GGAAACUCAUAUGCAGGUUGGAAAUAGAUGGGCAGAAAUUGCCAAAAGAAUUCCAGGAAGGGCCGUGAACUCCAUAAAGAAUCACUGGAAUACCACAAAAAGGAGACAAAAUUCAAGGGGAAAGGUCAAGAAACCGGAAAGGGUGCAGAACGAAAGAAAUCAGUCAACUAUUUUGCAAGAGUAUAUCAAAAGUACUUAUCCCAAUAAUAAUUCCUUAACCACCAUUAGCGUAGACCUCAGCUCUACCAUCGUGAUACCAACCAAUAGUGCAACCACUUGCCCAACUUUUCCCAAUUCCAUCAUAUCAGAGGACCCCUCAUCAACUCAUUUCAAUCUGCUUUAUCCAGAAUUAUCUCAAUCCACCACUGAUGAUUCCCUUUUCUAUCUCACUCAACACUCUUAUGAUGAUGAGAUAAACUUUAUGCAAAACUUACUUGGAAACAAUAAUCUCAACGCCUUCUUAGUUGGUGAGAAUGAUAAAGGAAAGGCUCUUCUAGACAUUGGGAUCGAUCCAAAAGGUGAUCAAGAGAAUAAUCAAUCUGCACAUAUAAUGGAUGAAGGUAAUGCCUUAACUGCUCCUCCUGAGAUCUACCCCAGCAACAUGAACAUGAAGACAAUAACAAUGGAUCAAACCAGUCCUUCAUCAAGAAAGGAGGUUGACUUGUAGAGAUGGUCUCAAAUUCACAAUUUUCUCGCAAGAAUGUUGCUAAUAGCUUUGUGUUCUAAUAUUGAUUUAGUGAAGUGAUACUCAGUUUUUAGUUUCCUAAAGAACUUUUGGAGUUUUACAAGCUUUUAACUAAUAAUUAGAACCAAAAUUUGAGCACCUCUAGUUUAGUUCUAAUUUCGGUUAGAAUUGGCAUAUUCUGGGUAAUUUGCUCAAGAGUUGUCAAAAAAAUUGUGACUAGUGGCAAUUAUGUUUUAUUAUAUGAAUGAUUUUCUUGUUUUUAUUCUUGAAUCUUGUAAUAUUUUGCUCUCUAGGUGUUAGUUUUGUGGUUUCAGUUA